UUGAUAUAUUGUAUUUUUUGAUCUGAUGCCUACUUGUUUUAUUUCUACACUAUGAAAUAUAAUCAUUUACCAAUAACUAUUGUGCUUAUAUUUAUUUCCGGACAAGAAUGUAACAUCAGGGCCCACUGUGAAUCAGAGUUUUACUUAUUUUCCUCCAAAUAUAAUUUAAUUUGUUCUGGAAUUGGUAACCUUCCAUCAGAGGAAUUACAUUCGUAUUUUAAUAAUGGUUACCAACUUAAUAGCAUUCAUAUAUCUAAUAGCAUUUUAAAACGAAUUCCAACAAAUUUUUUCCACCAAUUCGACCAAGUGCAAGAAAUUAAUCUAAACCAUUGCGAAAUUGAUAUGUUAGAGGCAAACUGCUUUAUGGGAUUACAACAAUUACAAAAAUUAUUUUUAAAUAAUAACAACAUUUCUACAAUUGAUGGUGAAGUAUUUAGCUUCCUUGUCGACGUAUCCGUUGUGGAUCUGUCAGAAAACGUUCUAGAAACAAUUGAUAAAACCGCUUUCAAGAAUCUUUUUAAUUUAGAAGAGUUGUUCUUAAAUGGUAAUAAACUAGAAGUGAUACCAGACGAACUCUUUUCUGCCACACGCAAAAUUAGGCAUAUUGAUCUCUCCAGAAAUAGUUUAAAAAUGUUAAGUAAUGGAAUAUUUUCCAACCUAACGGAGCUACUAACUCUUAAUUUGGACAACAAUGAGUUGGAAGAACUUGCAUCGGAUUUAUUUAAAGAUUUAUCAAAACUUGAAAGGCUCUCCAUGUCUUCAAAUGCUCUAAAGAGAAUAUCAUAUGAAUCGCUGUUAGGACUUGAAAACAUAAAAUACUUCGAUAUUUCUAACAACGAGAUUAUUACUUUAGACUAUGAAUGUAAUUUCUCCGUUGGAGCGAUAGAACACAACAUAUCGUUCGAGAAAUUACCCAAUUUGACUGACUCCUGCUGUAAUAAAACUGAUGAAGAAGUUUUAAUGGUCGGAUUAUUACUGAGAUUGAAUAACCUUGAAGAAUUACAUUUAGAGGAAAACAAUAUUUCAGAGAUUAGAAGUGAAUCACUCAGAGGCCUUACCAAGCUUAAGCGUUUAUUUUUGUCAAAUAAUUGCUUGCAUGUAAUUCACACAAGCGCAUUUGAAGAUUUGUCGUCUUUGGAACUCCUUGAAUUAGACAACAACAACCUUCAAUCAAUAAAUACUACUACGUUCAAUAAACUUUGGAAACUGAAGUCAUUACAAUUAAACAAUAAUAGAUUACAUUCCUUACCAGUAUCAGUAUUUAGAGAUUUAGAACAACUAAAUGAUCUCUCCAUAGCCAACAAUUUAUUGACAUAUAUUCCGCAUGGUUUACUGUCACCAUUACAACAUUUAAAGUAUUUUAAUAUUUCCAAUAAUCAUCUUACUCAAUUGAAUAUGGCAUGGUUUCACACAGCAGGUCCUUUGUUUUCAUUGGAUGUAUCUAAUAACAACAUUAACUCUCUAGACGGAGAAAAAUUGGUAAAGCUUCUACCAAAUUUUGAAAUAAUUUAUUUGAAAGGUAACUUCUGGAGCUGUGACAAGCUUUUUAAUAUAAUUGGAGUCUUCGAAACUGCAAACGUUGAGGUCCGAAAGGGUGAUAAUCUUGAUACCGAGAAUAUUAAUGGAAUAAAGUGUACAACCACCACAUCCCUCAGAAUAUUUAAUAAUAAUCAAUCUAAUUCAAUAGACGGUACUUAUGGACUUCAAAAGCUUGCAAAUGUUUUAUUAAAUUUGAGUGACAAACUUGAUAACAGUAAUAAUCUCAUGAAGAAGAUAAUCAACAUUGUGGGUUUAGAUUUAACAAAAUACAACGGUGUUAAUUUAUCGAAUAGGGGUGCAACAUCGGGAUUACAGCAUACAACCACCGUCAAUAUGGAUACAAAUAAAUUUACAGGCAGCAAACAAACCCUUCAGGGGAUUUUAAACAAUUCAAAGAUUACUAUCAAACUCCUGGAGGAUGCAGUUCAAGAGGAAAAAAUAAGAUAUCCCAAUUUGGAUACUAUUCGAACCCAGUCAGUACACUCUGAGGACAGAGUCACGGAAAUAACGUCCGCAAAUGACGUUGGAAAAACGUACGCCUUAAUAUUUUUGGGCCUUGCAUUUGCAGUAAUGGCAAUCAUGUUCGCAUACAAGCAUUUUCAAGCCAAAAAGCGCAACUUUAUUAUUGAUGGAAUAAGACAUAUUAGAUUUCAACAGCAGAGCAGAAGUAAUAUCGAUCUUAUGCCCAAGGACGAGAUCGAAGUUGUUAAUUCACGAAAAUGAUAAACCAUUCGUAUGUAAAAAUAAUAUACUUAAGACAAUAUCU